GCUAUUGUUACGUCGUUGACUGAUGUCAUUCGUGAUCCUUUAAUUUAUUAAUUAUUUAUAAAGACUGUACCUAUUUGAAAUAAGGAUAUGUAUCGUUAGAAUAAUGAAGGCCGCGCAGUGUAUUAAAUGCAUAUUCAACCAGUGAAACUGGAAAUACUUCAAACUUUCAUAAGCCGCUGUAAAUGUAUGCCGCAGAAUGUUGUCAGGGCGAGACGAAGGCCCUGUGUACUAUAGAGAGAUACAAAAGAAUGCGUACCUCAAGAGGGUACCUGAUGACUACAGCAGUGGCAAACUUAGACCUUUGGUGCACAAGAAGCCACCUCUCAAACCGAUGUGGACGUUGCUCUGUGUGCACAACGGUAAAACGCCUUACCUCGAGCAGUACCCGACGCAGGACGGGCCGGCGACGCACGCGCACAAGCCGGCGUGGCGGGCGUGCCUCCGGGGCGCGAGGCACGUGACGGCGAGCGUGAAGCCCCACACGGGGCAGGAGUAUGACUUCCUAGUGGACACGGACAGCGGACCGGUCCGGAUGGUCGCUCCGGAUUGGGACGCAAUGCAAGACUGGGUGUGCACGUUGCGCACGAAGCUGCACGAGCUGCGCAUAAUGCCGCGCGGCGAGAACGUGUACGGCGCGCCGCCGGCGGCCGCGCACGCGCGCGCGGCGGCGCGCGACCCCACCUCGCCGCUGCCGCCCACGCCGCCCGUGCCGGUGGACAGGGUCCCUGGAAUAGAGUUAGGUCCGAAUAUCCGUCCAAUAACCACGCAGAACUCUAUAGAGUCUAGUUCGGAACACACAGCCACGUCUACCGUAAACGCAAGCACACACACAAACGCACAAAACGCAAACGGCACACACACAGCCAUAAGUACAACACUAAGCGACACCAGGCCGGCUACAACCGUCACACUUAACGACAGCGUCGCAUCACUAGCGAACGUCAGAAAUGUUAACGUCACCGCGACAUCAGUUGACAGCGGCACAUCACUAGCCAACGUCAGUGUCAGCAAUGCGCUGACAACGCUAGCCAGCGUCAGGAGCCUGCUCAGCGUCAACACGACGAAUGUCAACUCGGCGCUCGAUGACAUUAAUGUCACGACGUCGCUGACGAACGUCCGGAACGCGCUGAACAGCAUAGUGACGUCAGAAGUUGACAUUUCCAACUGGGACGCGCCGUUGUCCCAGCCGAGUACGAGUCGGGACAAAGUCGAGCCGAAAAGCGUCACCAAGAUAUGUGGACAGAGUGUGUGUUUGGACGAUUCGAUAUUGAAAAGGACCGUGUCGACCAGCGACGAUGAAUUUUUCACGGAGAUGGAUAGAGUCAGUGAUACGGUGGAUAAUUUGGACGAUUUCGCUUACACGCAGCGGCUGAGCGUGAAGGAUGAUGGGGAAGAUGGAAAGGAAGAGAGUACGCCUCAACGAACAAACAUAACAGUGAUUCAAGUAUCAAACAAAGGCCCCCCGCACACAGCGAUUCCCGUAUUAGGACCGGAGACGGACGUUUUCGAUUUCAACUUCAAACAGAAACUGUCAAUCAAACCGAAUCAAACGCCGGAUUUCGUGAACAUAGUCAACACAGAGACGCAAAGCACGGAAUAUGGCACCGUGUUCGAUAAGCCCGAAUCGGAAUACGGACACAUCAGUUUGACAACAACUGUCAGUGUGACAGGUCGGGAUGACAAGUCUGACGCAAAUGUCAAAGUUAACAGUGACGGCGUGUAUGAAAGGCUCUGCAUGGCGUCAACGUCAAACGCUUCGCCUUUAUCGGUGAGGCGGCUGAGAAAUGUAGAUAAAACAAGAAAGUCGUCGCUGCCUAAUUUGGAAUUAGAAUCGGCGUACGAAUGCCUAUUCCCUAGUCAAGAUAUUGAUAACCGUCGAGUGAACGGUGAGGCGAAUUCCAAUUCGAACGUUCCAAUUUUAAAUUCGAACUCGCUAGCAAUCGUUCCAAAUUCAAGUGUGACAAAUUCGAACGUUUCCAACUCGAACAUUACAAAUGCGAAUGUGUCGAAUGCGAACGUUCCAAAUUUAAAUUCAAUAACGAAUGUGUCUAGAACCAAUGUAGAAUCUAAUGAUAGGCUAAGGAAUCACGUUGAGAGGUCUCAUAGUCAAAACGCAUAUGAUAUUGGACCAAGAAUAAGAGAACGCAGGGUGCAGAAUAACAGUCCAAAGAGGGAGAAAAAUGAUAAACCAGCGUCAAACGUGCAACAGAAACCAAUAUGGCGGCGCGGUCUCACGGAGCUGUCUUUGCUGACGAGGUUGAAGAGCAUCGGCUUGAAAAGGUCGGAGAGCCCCACCAGACAGGAGUGCGAUGUUGAGAGAUCAGUGACGUCACCAACCAAAGUGGUCCACAGAUCUCGCACAGGCGCCAGAGUUGACAGCAUCAGGCGGCGGAGCAACUCGCUAAGUAAUGGUGAGAAUACUUCUUUUUUAUUUUUUAUAUCACUCAUGUUCUCCCCACUCUCUCCCACCAGGAUAGCCCGAUGGAACAGCGGUGGCAACCGGUGCGGCGGCAGGUCGGGGGAUCGGGUCGCGGCUGUGGCCGGCGUGCAGCCCACGUGCGCGAGCCACGCGAGACAGCUCAUGAAGGGAGCUAAUAAGCACAUGGUGGACGUCCUCUUUCACAGGGUGCCGUUGGGUAAAAUAUAUGUUAUUACCAAAAAGGACCACGAGCUCUUAGGUAUAAAGUUGGACAGCGAAUGCACCAUACAGUCGGUGGACGGCGGCGGGCCGGCUUACCGCGCCGGGUUGCCGCCAGGCAAGUGGGCUGUCACCGAGGUCAACAAUAGACCGAUCAAUUUGUUAAAGGGCGGCGAAGAGGAAAUGAACAGGAUCAGCGCGAGGGGAACGGAAGUAUCAAUUUUGAUACAGCCGACGGGGCUCGUGAAGAAAUUGCGGGCAGCUAUCAAGGGCAAUAGGGCACUUUUAGCGCUAAGAUAGUACCUAAUUCAAUACCUAACUGCUAGGUGUUUUUUUUUUCCAGCAAUUUCUCAACCGACACCGUCAAAAACGAGGGAGGUGCUAAAGUCGAUUAAUAUGUAUAAAAAAAUAUACAUAUUAUAUAUAUAUAUAUAUAUUUUUUUUUUGUUUGUUAGUCGAUGUAUAGUCAAUGGCUUUAACGAUGCGCGUGCGCAUAGCAUAGUAAUGCUUUUCGUGUUUCCCAUUUCCCAUUUCAGAAUAAAGAGUGUUACCACUUUUCCCUAAGGGGUGUCGGUUAAACAUUUUUUUGUAGAAAGCAAUCGGGUUUUAUUAAGGAAAAACUAUAUUAAACUGUAAUGAGUAAUAAUGGGACA